AUGUUGGAUCAAAGCGUUAGCUUUAUUAGAAUGUCCCAAUAUUUCCGUUGUACAAGAGUCAACGCUGCAACUUACUACUUGGUAUUGCCGGAGGACCACAAGCUACGUUUUAUAACACAAAUAUUGACAGAUAUGAAUAUUAAAAAGGCAAGGUUGCCGACCCCUGGUCUAGAGAGAGUUCCACUGAGGAAAAGACAGGAAGCAGAACUGGAGGUAGCAGAGAUGAGGAUGCUGAGGUUCUCAUUGGGAGUGACCAGGAUGGAUAGGAUCAGGAACGAGUACAUCAGAGACGCCAUUACAUGUUAGAGUCAUGCUCUUCCCAUUGUCCGGCGGGAGAGAGUUGAAACCCAACGAGGCAGAGAAAUGACACUCGGCGGACAUAUUUGUUAGUCGAAGCCACAACAAAACGUUCCCGACAAUAGAUAUCUGAAAACAAAGAAAAAUGUUUUGUUUUAUGGAGUUUUAAAUUGGAGAUAUUAUAUUGUUAAAGUGCUAAAUCAGCACCAGAGUGGUGUGUGUGUGUGUUUAGUUGGAGGGGUGUGACCAUGCACGCACCUUUUAUGUUGUUUGUCACAUGUCCCCUGGUGUAAACACAUUGGGGGGUUUUUCCACAGUAAGUUGCUUCACGUGGGAAUAUGUGCUUUGUGGAACUUAGCAUCCAUACAGCGUACAUUCCCCCCCUGGGAAUUAUUUACACUGUGAAGGGGAGGUAAGGUGAUCCCAGGCUCCUCAUGGCUCCCUCAGGUGCAACACUGAGAUGACAAACAGAAGGUUCUACAUUGGCUGGGGUGGGGUGUGGGGGGCAACCACAGAACCACAGAACCACAAUAUUUGUUGUUGUUGUUGGUUGACAUCGACAUAGUGGACUCAAAUUGUGUAUAAAAAAAUAUUCUUCUUCCAAAUGAAAGUUGUUUGGUCUAGAGAGAGUUCCACUGAGGAAAAGGCAGGAAGCAGAACUGGAGGUAGCAGAGAUGAGGAUGCUGAUGUUCUCAUUGGGAGUGACCAGGAUGGAUAGGAUCAGGAACGAGUACAUCAGAGACGCCAUUACAUGUUAGAGUCAUUUCACCGGAGACGACGUCCUCACGCCCGGCGAGGACCUCCACCUUUUUAGUGCGCCUUCGUGUUCCCGAAAGCCGCGUCCGGAGAUGUCGGAGGUGCUGCCUUUCAACGAAGACAAAAUGAGUCAUUAUGGAAACGAGGGCGAGGAGGGACACCUUUCCUUCACUUGUCGCCUUCAAGACACCAACAACUUCUUUAACGGCUCGCAGAACAAACGUCCGCCCAAGCUGGGGCAAAUAGGCCGGAGCAAAAGGGUUGUGAUCGAGGAUGAAACCGGUGAUGACGAUGCACUGAAAAAUGUAACAGAGAAGACCCAGCCGGAUGCUUAGACCCCCCCCCCCACCCCCCUUUCUUGAAAAGACACUUGAGAUUUUCCUAAAUGGCGAUAUUUACCAGUUUUAAUCCAAAGACAUUGUAUAUAAGCACUUUGUUUCAAGUGGCAGCAAGCAAGCAGCACUUCCACACACCCUUCUCUCCAAGGCAGUCAUGGCCAUCUGGGUGACACACACACACACACACACACACACACACACACACACAAAGGAGACCCCCCGUGUGGACCCCCCACCAGUUUUUGCCAUAAAUCAAAUAAGAGUAAUGGAGUGUCGGGGGUACAAAUGGAGCAAAGUGACCAAUCAGGGAGAGGAUGCGGAAAUGAAUUAAACAUAAAAAUAAAAGCACACAUUUUGUGAUAACAGUUUAUGAGUUUGUACAUAAGAAACGGCACAAAUUUGUUAUUUAUUUGUAUUUAUUUCGGUGGUUUUUGCAGUGAAUUUUCAGCCUGUUGAGAGAAAUUUUUUUUCUCGAUGUUGCCUGUUUUUGUUAUCAUAAUUUCAUUAUUCAUUUCUAAUAUGAGUUUGGUGAUACUUGGCUGUACACGCUGUAUUGAUAAACUAUUUAUAUUACAUUGUGCAUUAUCGUGUGUGUGUGUGUGUGCCAAACCUCAUAAGGGAUAAGCUAUCCAGCGCCGGAAAACUUGUGUUUUUUUUUUUUUUUUGGUUGUGCGUUUACUACUAAAGUUGGUUUGUUGGGUUUUUUUUAGGGCUAACACAACAAAUAACAACUCAUGCAUGGCUAAUUAAAAAAAACAUGCAUGCCCAGCAACGGAAGCUCUGAAACUUGUGUACUCUUGAAGCACCUCGUGAAAACAGCUUUGAAUGACCAACCUCAAGCAGCAGUCUUAAUGCCGUACUGUACCAUUCACGCGUAUUUGUACAGUGGCCUGAUAUCUUGUAAUAAAGGCUGUAUCAAA